GCAGAGAGCUGUGCGCUGCAAACAUCAUUAGGAGGGGAGACGCUUUCCACCGUCAGCGCCGGAGCAGAGCAGGGGAGCCCUGGCAACAAGGAGCGACACAAACUCAGCAGCCCGUUACACCCUACAGGAAUGGUGACAUCACCUGCAGACAGACAGACGUGGACAGGCAGCACAGGCACCCAAUACGCUUCCCUCGCAUUGGUAGAGAGAUCCAGACUUCACACCAGGACGUUGUCAGCUCUCUACUGAGCAGCAGGCUCCACCUAGUCCGCCCAAGUAGCUCUGCCUCCUCUGCUCAGGGAGUGCUGAGUCCCUGAGUCAACACACUGCAUUCUGGGACAAUCUGGGACCCUUUCCAUGGGCUGUACCACCUGGUGACAAACCAGGGGGGUCUGGAGGAGUUGUGUUGAAUGAGGAUUGUGCUGGGUGUGGGCAGGCUUGCUUUUGCAAGGAAAUGAUUCCGCAUGAAGUGCGACGCACUCGGCCCCCCGUCGUCCUCGGCGGCAGCAGCAGGUGUGACGUCGUGACUCUCUCCCCUACCACACUGAGCUCACCCUUCAGUCGCUAAAGACCUCUGGACCAAACGGACCGCCCUACCCCUCUCCUCUAAUCACCCCUCCAUAUCUUCAUCUCCAUAUUUAAUCCUUUCUCACCUGCUUGUUAGGGCGUGGAUUUUCUUUGUCACCGAGAAAAAACCUGGUAAUCACUGGCCUUGGUUGAACUUGAUAAAGAGGGAAAAAGAAAGUUCGGGAAUGUAAUUCAUACCUUAUUAAAGCAAGACGAGGGACACAUCAUCAAAAGUAAGACAGGAAAGUGAAAUAAAAAGCCAGAGAUAGGAAAAAAAACUAAAAAAGGAAAGAAAAAUCUAUAGAAGGCCACAAAUUAAGGAACGAUAACGCAAGUACAGUUGAGGGACGUGAGGCGGAGUCAGCAUGAAGUCCAACCAGGAACGCAGCAAUGAAUGUCUGCCCCCAAAGAAGAGGGAGAUCCCCUCCAGCACAUUACCAUCUGACAUUCGCUCACCUAUCCUCCCACCUGCCAGUGACAGCCAGCGCACAGAGAACAUGGCCUGGCUUGCCAGUGUGGCUGGUGGAAAUGAGAGUGGCAUGGGUAGACACCAUAGCUCCAGUCAGUCUGACAGCCUCCAGUAUAAAUCCCUCUUUUCCACAUCAGACUCUUCAUCCUCCUCUUCCUCGUUGAGGCUAGUCUCAUCUCUUCCUACCGUGUAUACGUCCCCCCUGUCACAGUCCACAGUUGGAGGAACUGUCCAUUACGCCCAACUGCCUCCCAACCUGCAGUUCAUAGCCCCAUACGCAGGCUAUAUCUCCCCUCAACUGCUUCCACCUCCUCCUCCACCUCCCCCCCUCUCCUCCUCAUCCUCCUCUUUGGCCGCACAGAGACAGUCACACACAGAGACAGCCUCUGCUCCGUCACACGCCUCCAAACAUGACCAGCAGAGAGCAUCCACUGGGCGUACCUCCAUGCCUCCGCCUUCUACAGACCCCGCCCCUCACCACGUUCAAAUGUCAACCUCAACACGGACUGUGCCGUCACCUCAUUACCAAGGAGGCAUUCACCUUCCUCCCCAGUCUCUGCACCCCCACCAUACUUUGGGACAUGGGAUGUCCCAGCUUGUGGUUCAGUAUACGGACGCACCCACUAGGAAAGAAGAAGUUGGCUCCAGACCCAGAGAGCUCCACAAUGGAGAGCUGGAAAGGGGUCGGCGGUUUGGCGCGUCCCCUGAGUCCAACCUCUCUAAGCCAGGGAGCAAAUCACGGGAUGCCACUUCGUCUUUGUCCUCCUACGAGGGCCGCCAGCUGGUUCUGCACUCAGACUUCUCUACUCACGAUCACUCAGGGCUGAGAACCUCUUUCAUGCUAAUGCCCAACAGCCAUGGGGACCACCAGCUGGUACCACCCAGAGCCAGCCCUGAGAAUCAGACAACCUCUGCACACCUGGAGAAAGGCGGCAUCAUCCUGGGCAAGCCUGUCAAUCGCACAUCCUCCUCCUCCAACAUCACCUCCUCUUUCACGUUUCCACCACCAUUAAGUGUCGACAGCCUGAAAGCUGCUGUCAGCACACUGUCACCCCAGACCGUUAUCCAGACUACCCACAGCGCUACAGAGGCACUGUCGAUGGGGCUCCCCUCCACCAGUAUCUACCAUCAGCCACCUAUCAUUGGUUACAUCGCAGGGGGUGGUGGGAGCCAGCAUACGCCAAUUAGCUACCACACCAGCCUACAACAACACUUACUCAUUCCUGGCGCCCAACCAGUCAUUAUCCCUGUUAGUGGAGGGGGAGUCACCACAUUGGAACCUGUAACUUCCCACAUAACAUCAUCUACCCAAGCCGCACCGUUUCCUACCACACUCCCACACACAUACAUUGCUGCCACUGCUCCCAAAGGAGAAAGUCGAGAAGCCCCCAGCAGCUCAUAUCACCAGGCCGCUUCAGGUGCGGUGGUCCAUGCCCAGCUUCAUCUCCCCAUUGUUUCCGCUCCGCCAGGACUAGUCGCUCCUUCUGCUCCUCCCCCCUUAUCCAGUACAGUGGCGCCCCCCUCUCUCCCCCCAUAUUUCAUCAAGGGCUCCAUCAUCCAGCUGGCAGAUGGGGAGCUGAAACGCGUGGAGGACCUGAAGACAGAGGACUUCAUCCAGAGUGCUGAGAUCAGCACCGAGCUGAAGAUCGACUCGUCCACAGUGGAGCGCAUUGAAGGGAGCCACACCUCACCCAACUUCGCUGUGGUUCAGUUCUCUGUUGGUGAGCACCGUGCACAGGUGAGUGUGGAAGUCUUGGUGGAGUACCCCUUCUUUGUCUUCGGCCAAGGCUGGUCUUCAUGCUGCCCAGACCAGACCACCCAGCUUCUGGAGCUGCCUUGCACCAAGCUCUCUGUGGGCGAUGUGUGCAUUUCACUCACCCUCAAGAACCUGAGGAACGGAUCCCUAAAGAAGACUCAGCCCCUGGAGUUGGCCACCCCUGCCUCUGUCCCAGCAUCCAGCUACGGGCACCUCAAACCCCCCAGAGCUGUCCCAGACACUCCCCAAAGCUGCAGUGGAGGAGGCUCCAGGCACAACGAGCGGGAGAAUGGCAUCAGCCAUCGAGGGAGGGGUGGAAGUGGGAAUAGAAGUGGAGGAGGCACCAAUGUGGAAAACGGGGAUCUCGUGUUUGGGGGAAGAGGGUCAGUUUCUAAAGGUCAGGUUGCCAGCAGCGCUGAAGCUGGCGUCACUAAGCCAUCAGGACGAAGGAAGCGGAGAUGGUCUGCCCCUGAAGGACGAAAAGUAGAAAGAUCCGAGGAGGAGCCGCCCUUGACCCUGCCCAAACCUUCCUUCAUCUCUCAUGAGGUGAAAGUCAGCAUCGAGGGAAGGUCAAGUAUUGGCAAGUGAAGGCUAGCAGGAAUGUUCAGUAACCAUUGGGAUUUGAAAAAAAGAAAAGAAAAGAAAAAAAGGAUUCUACAGAAAAACAUGAACGCCCACAUUAAUGUUUCAUUUGUCUUGGUUUUAAAGUUUUGUUUUCAGUUUUUAUUUUUCUAUCUUAAAUACUGUACUGUAGAGGUACAUUUACUCUACAUGGUAUCACCUUACAUUAAGUCCAUGUAGUCAAGAACACAUUUUUUCAUAGAUGGAUUUGAUAUCACACAAGCAAUCAAUGCCGUUUUGGUGGUUUUCAUGAGAUGACUUAUGGUGAGGGAUUUGUGAGGCGUGCUAAAUGCUUAUUGGUGGCUGUGUGGCACACAGGAGCAAUGCUUGAUGGCUCUUCUUGGCUGGCUACACAUUACACAUUAUGUAAAUUUCAAAUUAAAUUAGCUGACAGUUUGCCUUUUGACAGGGAUUUCACUGUCUUUGCACUGCCACCGAGGCAGCCUGGACAAAAAAACUCUUUCCCACCACCUCUGUGGUUUUACACUGGGCCACUGGAGUGAUACAAUGUCAGCUGAUCCUGAGCGUGACGAAUCUGUGGAUAAACCAUGACAUUUUUCAUUUUCUAAACCAUAGUGGGAGUUGGAAAAACACCAUUCUCAAUGUCUUGAGUAUAAACGUACUAUGUGUUAUUCUAAGUGUCAUCUGGGUGUGCCAGACCUGACCAGUGAUGUCAUCAGGUGGUGCCAGUGUGCCACGCAAAAGAGAGGGAACAACACUUACUGUGUUCAAUUGGACGAUAGUGGAUUCUUUACUUUCCUCUUGAUCAUUUUCAUUUUAAAUAUUUUUUCAUAAACCCCUCAUCUUCUAUCUCACCAGAUAGUUGUUUUCAAUGAUUGUCAAAAUCCUUAAUCAGGGGUCAUUUAGUCCUAGAUUGAACCUAGGUGGGUCAAUGUUAAUGUAUAAAUGUGAGAUACCCUAUCCUAACACAUAUUCAAGUGCAAACACACUGGGUUGGCGAACUUAAACUUCAGAGGAAGACUGCAUACAAUCCCCAUUGUGUUUUGAUGAAUUACUUUAUAUAUUUUUUUUAAUGGAGAAAGGCUGUGUGAGAGGAACCGAGAGAAUCUGCAUGUCAGUUCUGAGAGGGUCAGGAUGUUUCAAAGCGCUUAACACACCUGUCACACUCACCAUACAGCCGAGAAACUUUAGUUGUCUCUUUAUUUACAUAUUACUGUAUGUUUUUAGAUUAUUUUUUUUUAUUUAGACAAGGGUAGAAAGUAGCAACAGCACUUUUGGAAAGGUGAAGCUUUUGGAAAAGUGAAGUGGUGGUUUUGAAAACGUGGUAACAGACGUGCCAUGGGAUCACAAAGAAAGGGAUGAUUCUGACAGGUAUUGGAGAAAAAAAUCCAGUUAGUAGAUGGUUAGAGAAACAUUUAUGGUGACAAAAAGAAUUAGAAAUAGGAUGGUUUUCAGCAUGUGUGCUUGUACAGCCAGCCAGCCAUGCUAAAAGUUAGAGGAAAGUAUUGGAAUGUGUUAUGAAAAGUUUGGGAUAAGGCAUAAGGAUUAACAAGAAACAGCCUUUUUAAAUAUCACAAUGAUGUUCUGUACUAGACUGAAAGCAUCGAUUAGAAGCUCGCGCCACAG